CAUGGACAUAGAUGAUAUUGAAAAGGAAUAUGAGAAGUGGUUUUUUUUCUUGGCAAAGGGAUUUAAUGUGCUUGUACAAGGAUCAGGAUCCAAAAGAAGUUUAAUUGAAAACUUCCGGACAAAACACCUGAUCGAUUAUGACACUCUGGUGAUCAAUGGAUUUUUUCCAAGCCUUUCAAUCAAGCAGAUACUUAGAGAUAUAUGCAAAGAAUUACUCGAUAUUGAUGUUCCAACUGGAAAGCCGGAAAAUAUAUGCGAUGAAAUUGUGUCAACUCUAAAGACGGCAGAGAGAGAUAUUAUUUUAAUAAUUCACAACAUUGACGGUCCCAAUUUACGAAAUUUUAAGAUUCAGAAUAUAUUUUCCCAACUCUCUAGAAGCAAUCGAGUAAAAAUCGUCUGUUCAAUUGAUCAUCCGAAUGCUCAUCUCUUGUGGGAUAACGUUCGAAUGACAAAUUUGAAAUUUGCUACUUUUAAAGUGGACACAAACGAGGAUUACAGUGUUGAGCAGUCGUACGAAAAAUCAACAGCCAAGAGGAACGCUCAACUUAGCGUUUCGGCCGCAAAUCACGUUCUCUCAUCCCUAACGCCAAACGCAAUAAAGAUAUUCUUUUUACUAGCUGAACACCAGUUAGAACAUGGAAACGAGGAAGACUACAACGGCCUAUCAUUUACCGAUUUAUAUUCGCAAUGUCGCCGAGAGUUUCUAGUAAACAGCGAUCUGACUCUUAGAACUCAAUUAAUCGAAUUUAAGGAUCAUAAACUAAUUAAAUUGAAGAAAGGUGUAGACGGUGCAGAAAUGCUCACAAUAUCUCUGGACGAUGAAAGUUUAAAAGAAGUUAUGGAAAACAAUCAUUAA